AAAACUACACUUUGUUUUUGGUUUGUGAGACAUUUGACCAGCUUGUACGUUGCUUUUGCUUAGCCAUGAAGAGAAUGAGAGAAGAUGAAGUAGGGUUAGGGAUGAAGGGUUUGGACAUGGAAAAGUUCCUCAUGCUACUCUCAUGUGGCAUGGAGACCAAGUUCAGAAAGUGUUCAUCUCCAAACGAUGUGUUUGAGUGCAAAACUUGCAACCGAAAAUUCCCAUCGUUCCAAGCUCUUGGUGGCCACAGAGCAAGCCACAAGAGGCCGAGAACAUCAAUGGAUCAUGAUCAACAAAGUGAGACAAGAAAAGGAAGCAAUUUGAUGGCAACGAAGAACAAGCCGAAAGCCCACGAGUGCUCCAUUUGUGGGCUGGAGUUUGGCAUGGGACAGGCUUUGGGUGGCCAUAUGAGGAGGCACAGAGCUUCCAACAUGAACCUGGGAUUUUCUUCUAAAGUUCCUGAUGAGGUUGUUGUCGCUUCGAAGAUUCCGGUGCUGAAAAGGUCGAGUAGCAAGAGGAUUAUGUGCUUAGAGAUGGACUUGAACUUGACGCCAUUGGAGAAUGACUUGAAGUUAUUGUUCGGGGAGAUGGCUCCAAAAGUUGAUGCUUUUGUUUCAUAAUUUUUUAUGUACAUGUCACACCAUUGUAUUCUUUUUAUUAUUCUUUCGUUAAUUUAUAUCAUGUACAAAGUUAUUAAUUGAAUUAAUAGAUACGAUUCUUUUUAAUUA